UAUAUUUUCAACAAGCUUACUUCGCUGCGGUUUUUUAGUUUUAUUCAAAAAGACAUCACAUUUAAGCAAGAUGCCACAGCCAAAGCCAUACGAAAGGCCCGCCGAUUACAUCGAUCCCGGAAUGCCAUCGAAAUGCAAAUGGCAUUUGGGAACCACCGAAAAGUCACCCCAUACGCAGCGAGGCAUUGCUCACCGUCAGAAGAUCACACCGGACAUCCUGGAGGUGAUUGGAUGCACUCCACUGAUUAAACUUAAUCAUAUUCCCGCCGCUGAGGGCAUAGAGUGCGAGAUGUAUGCCAAAUGCGAGUUCCUGAAUCCCGGUGGUUCGGUCAAGGAUCGCAUCGGCUAUCGUAUGGUCCAGGAUGCCGAGGAGAAGGGUCUUCUGAAGCCAGGAUUCACGAUUAUCGAACCAACUUCAGGAAAUACAGGCAUCGGACUGGCAAUGGCCUGUGCCGUCAAGGGUUACAAGUGCAUCAUUGUGAUGCCAGAGAAGAUGUCCAAUGAGAAGGUAUCUGCACUUCGUGCUCUUGGAGCUACGAUAAUUCGUACACCAACGGAGGCUGCCUACGAUUCACCCGAAGGUCUGAUCUAUGUGGCCCAGCGGCUGCAGAGGGAAACACCCAAUUCGAUUGUCCUCGAUCAGUAUCGGAAUGCGGGCAAUCCGUUGGCCCACUAUGAUGGCACUGCUGCUGAGAUCCUGUGGCAAUUGGACAAUCAGGUGGACAUGAUUGUGGUCUCGGCCGGAACGGCGGGCACCAUAAGCGGCAUUGGUAGAAAAAUCAAGGAGCAGGCUCCAAACUGUCAAAUCGUUGGCGUGGAUCCCUUUGGUUCCGUCUUGGCCCGUCCCUUUGAGAUUAACAAGAGCGAUGUGACAUUCUAUGAAGUCGAGGGCAUUGGCUAUGACUUUCCACCCACCGUCUAUGAUGAAACUGUGGUUGAUUCGUGGACCAAAAUCACCGAUUCCGAUUGCUUCCCCAUGAGCAGGCGUCUGAAUGCCGAGGAGGGACUCUUGUGCGGCGGCUCCAGCGGCGGUGCAAUGCACGCUGCCCUCCAGAAUGCUCGCAAACUGAAGAAGGGCCAACGUUGUGUGGUCAUUCUGCCCGAUGGCAUUCGCAACUAUAUGACCAAGUUCGUUUCGGACAAUUGGAUGGAGGCACGUGGCUUCAAGGAGUCGGUUAACGAGCAUGGUCACUGGUGGUGGAAUCUAGCGAUUCAGAAACUAAAGCUUCCAGCAGUGCCAGUGGUUCUUAAGUCGAACGCCACUGUGGGAGAGACUGUGGCCCUGAUGAAGCAGCACCGCGUGGACCAUCUGCCCAUGGUAGAUGAAGAGGAUGGUUCCAUUUUGGGCGUGGUUAGCCAGGAGACGUUGAUCACUCAGAUUGUGAGCAUGAACCGCCAGCCAUCUGAUCCUGUAAUAAAGGCACUUAAUAGGCGUGUGAUCCGUUUGAAUGAAUCCGAGAUUAUUGGCAAGCUGGCCCGCGUUCUUGAACUAGAUCCCACUGUGUUGAUUGUGGGCAAGAAUGCUUCAGGCAAGGAGGAGGUUAAGGCCUUGGCCAACAAGCUGGACGUCACAGCCUUCAUCACAGACGCUGGAAAUCAGAAUUCCAAGUCAAAUGGCACCACCACAAAUGGCGGUGGCCACUAAAACGUUAAUAGAAAUUAGCUUUAUGGAGUUAGAACCUAUCCUAUAAACCUACCGACCAUAAACCUAAGCACUAUUAACUUAUAUAGCCUAAUUCCACUGUCCAUUUUUUAACUAUUUUGGAUAUAUAAACUAUAAGUUAAAAUCUGAAAGAAAGUUGAAAUAUGAACCAGUCGAAAUUGGUUAUUAUAACGUUAAAAACGAAACCGGCAUGCAUUUUUAUAUUUGAUAAUA